AUGUAUUUGUGCGUGCGAUUAGACAUAAUUUUGCUAUGGCAUGUAAAUGAACCUGCCAACAGUGACCUUGACUUGUCUUCACAAAUACUACCUAAACAAAUUUCUAAUGUAAACAAUCAAAAACAACAGGAUGUAACUUUAAUUCAAUCAAAGGAGAAUCAGAUAGUGCCGUCAGUGUCGUCUGAUGAUGUUGAUGCUAGUUAUAAAUCACUGACUGAACCAAGUAAAAUUACAGUUAUUGAAGAACCAAAACAACCGGAACAACAAUCAAAACCUGAUCGAAGACGAUCUUCAAAGGAAACAAAAAAAGCUUCGGUAACAAUAACUGAUCAUUUGGAUAAACAAGGAGAAUCAACAGGAAUAUCAUCAAGUGAAGAUGAAAGUAAACAUGAAAAUUCAGCAGAACAAGACGAUGUAUUGAAACAUGAGGUUAUUGUUGAAAAUAAAUCAGAGCAAGAAGUCUUAUCGUCCUCGUUACUACCAUCAAAUCAACAAUCGACAACAAUGUCCGUAGAACCAGAGACACCAGUUUUUAGUGCUGUAGAAGAUGAAGAAAAAUGGGACAAAAUCAUUGAUAAUGUUCAAUGGAGCGCUCAUACACCAUCAGUAUCUACCAAUUUUAAGCGUACAUCAUCGGAGAGACAAUCGCUUAAUGGUCCAACAUUUCAAAACGAGCAGGUUGAUGAUAUUGCUAGUGGAAUGAAAAAUGCCAUACAACGUUUAAACUCGGUUCAACUUGACAAAUAUGCUUAUAUUAAUGAAAAUAUAAGUGAAUUACAAACAAAUAUCGAACUUGUCAAAGCAUUACGAGACGAUAUUCAGCAAGAAAAAUCGUUAAUUAAUUCAUUGUUAACUCGUUCAAAUCAUGGCUAUUCGACAAGUAAUGAUCAAGAUAGUGAUGAUGUUGAAUUACUAGCGAAUGAUUUAAAAGAAAAAUGGGAAAACGUGCGUACAACAAGUGUUAAUCUUGUUGAACGUUUAGAUGAUUAUUGUUUAAAAAUGAAUCAAUUUAUCGACGAACAUGAUCGUUUAAACGAUUGGUUGACUAAUGCUGAAAGAGAACUAACUGAUGUUCAAACUAAUUCUAAUCUAGAGAAUAUAAAUGAAAUACUAGAAAAAUUAAAGAAGACAUUAGAAACGGGCGUUGGCGCUCAAGUUGAUAUAAGAUUUUUACAAGAAAAUUUACAAUUAUUACAUUCAACAAUGAAAGAUUUUGAUCAGUUUAGUCGACAACUAUCAAUUAAUUCUAAUGAAAAUGAUAAUAAUAAUGGCGAGAAUUUGUUAAUUACAAAAGAAGAAAGAGUUAAUGGUAGUCGACUCUUGUUCAGUACGCAACAACAAAAACUUGAACAAUUAGCAUUUAAUUAUACCGAUUAUCUAAAACGAUGUAAACAUUUGUAUGAACAAACUUUACGUCAACAAACAUAUUUGAAUAAUUUUAAUGGAGUUAAUUAUGACUUGAGCCUACUGUUAAAUGAUUUUGAACAAAAAUUCAACGUUGAUCAGCAACAUGCAACUGAACAAGUAUGUAAUACUAAACACAGUGGGCAUUUAGGCGGCGUUUUCUGAAAAAAUCGUAGGUGCGAAUUUUUUUGUUUUGAAUAGUGGUGUAUAUAGUAUAAACAAUUCCCUAUUUAAUGAUAAAAAUUUUUUUGUUCUAGCUCCUUCCAAAGCUGAGAAAACUGAAUUACAAAAUUACCAUUAGAAUUAGCCCGUUGGUACUUAAAAUUGCAUUUUCUCCAUCAAAGGCUAAAUUUUUUCGAACAAAAAUCACAU